UCAGCUCCGCUGAGGGGGGGAAGAAGGAGCUGGAGACAGAUUGUGGGACCGAGCGCGGGCGGGCGGGAGGCGACGGAGCUGCCAGCGGCUCCGCUCUGCUAUAUGAAAUAUGGGAGACGACAGACCGUUUGUGUGCAAUGCCCCGGGCUGUGGACAGAGAUUUACAAAUGAGGACCACCUGGCAGUUCAUAAACACAAGCAUGAGAUGACAUUGAAAUUUGGCCCAGCCCGAACUGACUCAGUCAUCAUUGCAGAUCAAACUCCUACUCCAACUAGAUUCCUGAAGAACUGUGAGGAGGUGGGGCUCUUCAAUGAACUAGCUAGCUCCUUUGAACAUGAAUUCAAGAAAGCUUCAGAUGAGGAUGAGAAAAAGCAGGCUGCUGCAGGGCCCCUUGACAUGUCUCUGCCUUCCACACCAGACAUUAAAAUCAAAGAAGAAGGGCCAGUGGAGGUAGACUCAUCCCCACCUGACAGCCCUGCCUCCAGCCCCUGCUCCCCGGUGCUCAAGGACAAGGAAAUUGCCCCAAAGUCUGUUGUGAUAUCUACCCCAACGCCUACCAUUGUACGCCCUGGCUCCCUGCCUCUCCACUUGGGCUAUGAUCCACUUCACCCAACCCUUCCCUCCCCAACCUCUGUCAUCACACAGGCUCCACCAUCCAACAGGCAACUGGGGUCUCCCACUGGCUCCCUUCCUCUCGUCAUGCAUCUUGCUAAUGGGCAGACCAUGCCUGUACUGCCAGGGCCUCCGGUACAGAUGCCUUCUGUUAUAUCGCUGGCCAGACCUAUGUCUAUGGUGCCCAACAUUCCUGGUAUCCCUGGCCCACCAGUUAACAGCAGUGGUUCCAUUUCUCCCUCUGGCCACCCUAUGCCAUCAGAAGCCAAGAUGAGACUAAAAGCCACCCUAACCAACCAAGUCUCCUCAAUCAAUGGUGGUUGUGGAAUGGUGGUGGGUACUGCCAGCACCAUGGUGACAGCCCGUCCUGAGCAGAGCCAGAUCCUCAUCCAGCACCCUGACGCCCCAUCCCCUGCCCAGCCACAGGUCUCACCAGCCCAGCCCACUCCUAGCACAGGAGGGCGCCGGCGGCGCACAGUGGAUGAAGAUCCGGAUGAGCGGCGGCAGCGCUUUCUGGAGCGCAACCGGGCUGCUGCCUCUCGCUGCCGUCAGAAGCGGAAGCUAUGGGUGUCCUCCCUAGAGAAGAAGGCAGAGGAACUCACUUCUCAGAACAUUCAGCUGAGUAAUGAAGUCACAUUACUACGCAAUGAGGUGGCUCAGUUGAAACAGCUACUGUUAGCUCAUAAAGACUGCCCAGUCACUGCACUACAGAAAAAGACCCAAGGCUACUUAGAAAGCCCCAAGGAAAGCUCGGAGCCGACGGGUUCUCCAGCCCCUGUGAUUCAGCACAGCUCAGCAACAGCACCCAGCAAUGGCCUCAGUGUUCGCUCUGCAGCUGAAGCUGUGGCCACCUCAGUCCUCACUCAGAUGGCCAGCCAAAGGACAGAACUGAGCAUGCCGAUACAGUCGCAUGUGAUUAUGACUCCACAGUCCCAGUCUGCGGGCAGAUGAUGCCUCCCCUGGUGGAGAGGUCCCCAGCCAGAGCUCGCCCGUUCGAGAGCCAAGAGAGAUGUCAUCUUAUCCCCUCCCAUCUGUCUUGGACAUGGCAGUAUGGGAGGGAACUGUGUGUUGUGAGUAAAGGACAGAUGUGGGGCUUUUCUCUUCA